AUGUCAAGAUAUUGUUCAGAUGCCAGGAGGAACAGGGAGGACCAAGGCAGUGUGCAAGUGAAUGAGAGGAUCCUCGCGGCGCACAAGCGACACCUGGAGAGCAAGGACCAACCCAGACCCACGUCCUUGGUGCCUCUGUCGCAGUUCAACCUGCCCACGCAUUUGCAAACCAAUCCCGGCAACACUGUCUUCUCCAAGCCCUACAUGCCCAUGAACCUAGGAGAACCCAUCUUGGUCCACAAGCCCUUCCACUUCUCCACUGACUCUGCGAGACGCAAGGAAAGCAUCGCGCAGAAAAUCAAGCGCCAUCUCAGCAACGCUGGCUCCAAGGUGAACAGGUCAAAGAGCUUCUACCACAAGGGAGUGCCUAUGAUGUUGGAGAAGCCGCGGGUGUUUGAUGACGUUGUGAGUCAGAUUGAAGCCAGGAGGACCAAGCUGGGCCAGGACAUGUCCUUGUCUGAGUCUUCUUUGCUGCAUCCGGGUCUGGGGCUGGCCCAACACCAGCAGCAGCAGCAUCAUCAUCAGAAGAAGAAGACUGAUUUGGUCCUGACCAAUACCACUGGUGCUGGUGUUGGUGUGCCAAAGAAGGUCCAGCCUCCUGCUGUCAUCAGGCAGCUCAGACACAAGGAGAACCAGAGCUUCAGGGCAAAGAAUACUGCUGCUGCUGCAUCUGCAUCAUCCACUCUGCCUCCACCUACUGGAAGGCCAUCAGGCAAACCUCCUGCUCCAAAAGCACCUCCUGCAAGUGCUGCUGCAGCUCCUGUGUCCACUCCUGUCCCUGCUGCAGUGGCUUCCUCAGGCACAGACUCCAUCAAGCGCUCAGCAAGUGUGCAUACAACCUCAGACUUGGCCAGCAGAGGAAUGAUGCCGAGGUCUCCGAAGGCCCACAGAAACUCCUUCUUCAAGGGCUUCAGGCGGAAGAAAACCUACUCCCUGGAAACGUGA